AUGGACAACUCUGCUGAGGCGAUAGUUGGAACAAUGGCAGCAGAGCCUCCGUUUAUUGCUCCAGUUGCGAGUAGCGAAUGGAGACCAAACCCAAUGGGUCCGUUUGCCAUACAGCGCACACCAUCAGUACUCGCGCGCAUAAAUGCGGGUGACCAAAUGGCUAUUGUGAAUGCGAUGGCGCAGCAGCAUAAUCGGAGAGCAAGGGUUGACGAAGUCUCAGACCAUUCGGUGUCACCCAGGUUGGGACCAUCGUUGUCGUUGGGACAGUCGACGCAGGCACCGCCGCAAAGACUGUACCCGGCCGCUAGGUUUCAGUCACCGAUGCCGCCGCAAAUGGACUUCAGCUACUCACAAUUGUCACCAAUGUAUAAUGUUAAUAAUACACCGUACACGCUUACGGGAUCUGAAAUGUACCAUACUCCUCAUUCAUCGAUGAAUUGGAACCCAUAUCCACCACUGGUCAACCCAUGGGGUCCAGGCUAUCCUCCACCACAUCCUUAUCAACCAAUCCCCGUCAUAUCAUCGUAUGGUGGCCCAAUGUCGACGCCAUGGGCAGGACCAGCUGGGUCAGCAAGCAAUGUCCCCAGGCCGCCCUCGCAACAAUCGAUGAGCGAAGGCACGCGACAACGGCGCCGAGAGGAAAAACGACGUGCAGUGGUGUCAUCGGGAGGAUCCACCUCACCCCCGCUGUCGCUUCCAGAUAAGUUGAAGCGUAACAGUCAUGAGGAUGAGAUCCUAAAAGCUGCGCAUCAGUAUCUGCUCAACUACAAUCCCGAGAAUACCUCGGAUGACCUGGUUACGGUUCAGCGUAAAAUGGCAGCGCGAGAGCGUAUUCAGGCUCAAAUUGCAGCUGAUGCGGAGUUAGCCAGGGCGAUUGACGCAGAAGAGCAGGCGCAGCAAAGCUUUUGGAAAGUAGACAGCGAAAAGGCCGAUGUCUAUACUGAAGCAAGACGCGAGCCGACGGUGAUUGAAAUUGAGGACAAUACACAAACCAUUGAGCUAGAGAAACUGGCCAAGGAAUAUGAAGCGGCCGUAGACAAGGUGCAUAAAAAAUACAGCCCAAUUGUACCAUCAGUCCCGGCAGGUCGCAACUUGAGAAGUAGAGUGAAUGUGGAUCCAGAGGGUGACCAUCGAAAAGCAUUACAGCAGUUCGCUGACGCAGCAGCUCGCGAUCCAAAUUCGAAUAUGCGCUACCCUGAUCAAGGGCUUCGUCUAAUAGAUGGCAAAUGGGUUGACAUUAGAAUCCCGAAAUAUGCUCACCUCGCUGACCCGAAACACGAGCCACUGCCUGAUGCAAAGCCGUCAGGGCAUAAAAUGGAUCGGCCAGUGAAGAAGAAGGCUGCAAAAGGACCACCAGGUCCGGGAGAUGACUCCGGAGGCUCGUCUUCGGACGAUGACAACAGUGGUGGGAAGAAAGGUCAACCAAAUAAGCCAAAAAUUGCAGCAGGCGGGCCGAAAAUACCCGUUGGAGGCAAUCGCGCACCCUACAGCGGGAACCCGUUUUUGUGGGAGGAUGAGGAGAAGCUACUAGCAGCAUAUAAAUUGCGUCAUACCAGAGAGAUGGUAUCACGAACGACUAUAUCCGCGUUCGACGUGGUUGGGGGAGUUCCUUCCGAGCAAUUGCACGACUGGAAAAUCGUGAUGAACUCAAUGGUGUAUCGCAACUGGCAGGAAAGUCUGCAGCUACCCUGCAAGAGUGCAGUGGUUCUGGACGAGGUACGCGGGCUGAAACUCCCUCAACCCACUAGCUACAGCGGGUCCGCAGACGUGUUGCAGUUCGAAGAACAUAUGAAAAGCAUGCUGCGACACUUCAAGAUGCUUGGGAUGGCAGGUCCUUCGUGGGAUACCCAGUGCACCGACAUGUAUGGAUUAUACCUAAAAGGAUCAGCCAAGUUGUUCUACGAUGAUGAAGUGACAGGCAUUCACCGUACAACUCGAAGCUGGUAUUUCGUACAUGUGCUUGCUGCGAUAUUUGAUCGAUUUGUAUCGUCUACGGCAAUACAGCAGUCAGCCAAGGCGUUUGACAAGAUAACCUGGAAUAGUGAGCUUGGAGUGGAUGGACUGUACAAUGAACUCACCUCCAACGUUCGUCGGAUGAUUUUCCCGCCGGAUGCUCACUCAGUCAAGCGGAAGUUUUUGGCUACAGUGCCUGCGAAGAUGCGCGGAUUGAUGUUAGCGCGCAAUGCAUACCCAGAGAUUUGUUCCCUUGAGAACAUGAAAGAUAUUGGCCGUAUUGUAGAGCAUGGAAUGAACACCAUGAAUUUCUACAGUGAAAAUACCGUUAAAUUAGCGGGAGAUUCAAAGGAGAAAAGAGACUCACCUCGCAUGGCUGUUGUUCAAGAUGCUGAAGAUGGGGACGACGAUUCUAGCCAACGAAUGGCUGCGAUUGACCAGAAUCGACAGCGAAUUUUGGACAACGGCCUGCGGCGCGAGUUUAUGCGAGCAGCCCAUGUAGAUGGUGAAGGCGCGGAUGACGAGCGACUGAAUCCAGCAGAGGAGGAAGUUGAGGCCAACGAAGAAGAAGGAGAUCAUGUGACUCCGGACGAGCAGCCGGAGGAAGACUCCGAAAAGGCGGAAUACAACUCAGACUACACAUAUGAAGAGGUAUCUGACCAUUCAGAGGAUGAAAACUUGAUUGCAUGCUAUCAUAUGCAAACAGCACGAUUGAGAGAUGAGGAUGAUUGCCCCGAACUACAGCAAGUAUCCGACUCAGAAGAGGAAAUUGAUGAGACCGAGGAUACGAAUGACUGUCCUCCGCUAUUGGAGGUGUCCGACUCUUCCGGUGAAGAAGAUAACGGAUAUGAAACUGCCGACGAGAGCCCAGAUGAGACGAGUGACAAUGACUCAAUUGCAGAUUUGGAGGACGAGGAAAUCGACGUGUUUGCACGUGCAAUACUCACGCAUAUGGAGGAUAGGCAGAACAGUUUCGAAGAUUCACUUGAGUACUUCUCGAGACUGGAUUCACCUAGAACGGCGACAGCUACAGGAACUCGUCGAGUGCCGCUAAAACGAGCAAAGGAAGCCCACGAACGACCCAGUCGAGCUAAACGCGAAAAUCAUUGUCUCACUGCAUUUGUGAAUAUCAACGGCCAACAGGCGUUCACGCUGUUUGACUCAGGGUGCACAACUGAGGCAAUAAGCCCGGAUUUUGCUAGAAUUGCUCGGGUAGAAGUGUUCCCAAUUCAGUCGCCAGUGGUAUUGCAGCUUGGUACAGCGGGUAGCAAAGCGAAGAUCAAUCAUGGCACGUUUGUGAAAGUGCAAUAUGGUCCACUGCGGUCGGAACAAUAUUUCGAUAUUGUGAAUCUUGAUCGAUUCGACGCGAUUAUUGGCACUAAGUAUAUGCGUGAGCAUAAAAUCUCGCUGGACUUUGAAAUGGAUACCGUGCGUAUUCAAGGACAACCCAGCCCAACGUUGUCGGAGCGGGAUGAACGUGAUGUUAUCGAACGACGGGCAUCCGCUUGGUUGGCCAGCCCAAACCGACAAUGA